AUGGACACGGACGGAUCAGACGACGAGGCGCCGGUCCUCGUCGCGGACGACGGUGUAGUCGCGGAUGACGCAGCAGUCGCGGAUGGCAAUGUAGUCGCGGAUGGCGCAGCAGUCGCGGAUGACAAUAAAGUCGCGGAUGACAAUGUAGUCGCGGAUGACAAUGUAGUCCCCAGUCUGGUGCAAGUCCCCAGUCUGGUGCAAGACCCCAACGCCCUGCCGACAACAAAAGUACCGCUCACCAUCAUCACCGGCUACCUGGGGGCGGGCAAGACGACGCUGCUCAACUACAUCCUCACCGCCCAGCACGGCAAGAAGAUUGCCGUCAUCCUCAACGAGUUCGGCGACUCGAUCGACAUUGAGAAGCAGCUCACCGUCUCCGACGCCAACUCGACCGAAGCCAAGCGCCCGCCCUUUGUGCCGCUGGCCAACGGCUGCAUCUGCUGCAGCGCCAAAGACGUCGGCGUCGCCGCCAUCGAGAACCUCAUGGACGCGGGUGGUCUGUUCGACUACAUCCUGCUCGAGACCACGGGGCUGGCCGACCCAGGGAACCUGGCGCCGACCUUCUGGCUCGACGACGGGCUGGGCAGCACCAUCUUCCUCGACGGCAUCGUGACGCUCGUCGACGCCAAGAACGUGCUGGCGAGCCUGGACGAGGGCUACGGCGACGGCGACGGUGACGGUGAAGUCGAGCGGCGGAAACAGGACCACGCGCACGACCACGCGGGCCCGCUGCUGACCACGGCACACCUGCAGAUCAGCCACGCCGACGUGAUCCUGGUCAACAAGACGGACCUCGUCACGCCCGCGGAGCUGGAGCGCGUCGUCGACCGCAUCCGCGCCAUCAACGGGUUGGCGCGCAUCACGACGACGACCAAGAGCGCUGUCCCGCAGCUCGACGGCUUCCUGCUCGACAUCAACGCCUACGCGGCCGUGACCGCCGCCGACCUGGCCUUUGCACAAAAGGGCCACAGCCACCUCGAUCGCAGCAUCGCCACCGCGACCAUCGCAUUCCCAGCGCUGGCGCCGCCGCAGGAAGCGAAAUUCGAUCUGUUCCUGCGCACCAUGCUGUGGGAGGCGGCGCUGCCGGACGACACGGCGCACGCGCCGUUUGAGGUCCACAGGCUCAAGGGCCGCAUUCCCGUCUCGGACGGGCGCGUGCUGCUGCUGCAGGCCGUGCGGGACGUGUACGACGUGACGACGGCGAGCGACCUGGCGCAGCCGGACGAGGCGGCCAAGAUGGUGUUGAUUGGGAGGGGCGUGGAGCAGCCGGCCUUGAGGGAGAGCCUGAUGCGCGUGCUGGGUUCGUAG